UGUUUUGUGGCCUUAAACUUCUUUUAUAUCUCAGUUACCAUUUUGCUUACAGCUUCAGAAAUAAAAAAUGCCAUCAGACAAAGACGCGGAAGAAAGGCAGCAAAAGAUAAUCAAUCGCGAUUUUAACCAAUGGAGAAAGAAUGCACAUUUAUUAUAUGACAUGGCUAUAAUACGACCGUUGACAUGGCCUUCACUCACGUGUCAGUGGUUACCACAAAUAAAAGUUGAAGAUGGAUUUAUCAAACAAGAACUUAUAUUAGGAACACACACGAGCGAUGAAGAAACAGAGUAUCUUGAAAUCCAUAGCUUCAACGUACCGGAAAAACAGAUUCAUCCAAAUCACCACAAACCAAAUUUAAGCCCAUUGAAAAAGAUACGUCAUGAAGGAGAAGUCAACAGAGCACGUUAUCAACCACAUAAUCCGGAUAUUAUUGCGACAAAAACCCGUACAGGCGAAGUGUUGGUAUUCGACCGUACUAUUAAACAAGAAUAUAUAGAUGAAAGUUAUGUAAAGCCUAUAUUAAGAUUAAAAGGGCAUGCACUGGAAGGUUAUGGAUUGGCAUGGAACCCACAAAGAACAAAAAAACAUCAUCUCAUAAGUGCAGGAUUCGAAGGAUUAAUAUGUCAUUGGGAUGUCAGUCAGCAACCAGAAAAUAGUAGAAAUGAAUUAGAACCUUUGCAAACAUAUCAUGGUCACAAGUGUCCAGUAAAUGAUGUGAGUUGGAAUUCUGUCCAUGAUUCUAUAUUUGCUUCUGUAGCUGAUGAUAAACAGUUGAUGAUCUGGGACAUCCGUGACCCUGCCAAACCACGUCAAACAGUUAAGGCACACCAAGAUGAAAUUCAAUCGGUUGCCUACCAUCCUAAAAGGGAUUGGAUGUUAGCUACUGGUAGUUCUGAUAAGUCAGUAGGGUUGUUCGAUAUGCGUAAACUGAAUACGAAAUUAUACUCUUUGGAAAGCCAUAAUGGACACGUUACACAAGUAGCUUGGAGCCCCCAUGAUGAACCUAUCAUCGCAUCAGCUGGUGCAGAUCGUAAGAUUAUUAUUUGGGAUUUGAGAAAUAUCGGUCAGGAACAAUCGGCAGAGGAUGCAGAAGAUGGACCACCAGAGCUUAUGUUUGUCCAUGCUGGACAUACAAAUAGAAUAUCUGAAUUUAGUUGGAAUCCUUUGGAAAAUUGGACAAUUGCAAGCACGGCGGACGAUAAUGUGGUGCAGAUAUGGCGAAUGUCGAAGAAACUUUAUGCAAGCACAGAUCAAUUAGAAAUAAGUCCCAAUCAAUUAGAAUAGUGUAAUUCGAUAAAAGAAGAAAGUCCCUUAAAAUUUGUGUUUUCAGUAUCAUCUUUAUGCUUAUUUGAUUGAAUCUUGAAUAAAUUUUUGGACGCUUUCUUUCUACUG